ACUCCACCAGCAUUCGCCGACACGCAAACAUGGCGGCCCCGCUACAGCCUCUGCAACUGCUAUGCCUCAUUGCGUUGGUGGCAUCAGAUCCAGCGCCAGGCAGGAUCCCUAAGGUGUACAACGCCCUCAUCACCUCCAACCAGAACUUGGAGCCAAGCAAAGCUUACCCCGUCUACCAGCCCGUAAUUCACGACUUUGCCUUCCCAUUACAACCGGCGGUUUUCUAUGGAGAUUACCCGAUUGGCAAUGCACUUCAGCCACCCACUGUGCCGAGAGAUCCAAACAAUGCCCUGCCAUCAGCGCCACAGCCACCAGCACAGGCGCCUCCACAACCAGAAGAUGCAAAGCCUUCAUCUACAGAAAACCCACCAGUUUCUUCUGAAUCAGUACCAUCUGGAGGCAAUAAACCAACACCAGCACCUCCUCUGCCACCCAAUACAGAAUCACCGAUCCAUCUAAAUCAAUUCGGGCUCCCUUCACAAGUUCUCCCAUUAGGCCGCAUCGAUCCAGCCUACAAUGGUUUCAAUCAAGUUGGUCCAUUCACGUACUCCUACCCGAGUUUUAGGCUAUAUGAUGCUUAUGAUCCAUUUAGUCUUAAUCCCUUCGUCAAUUUUCCACCGGUAUUCCGCGCGUUGCCAAACUUACUUGAAGCUCAGUCGCCAGGGAUACCUCAAGUUGCCGCGAAAGAAACUGUCAAUCCCACUGGUGGACCUGUGACUGCCGCUCCUCAAGCAGACCAAAGUCCUCCUUCUGAACCGAUCGAUCUUAAUCUUUUGAACUACCCGUCUAAAGAUCCAGCGAUACCUAAUGUUCCUCCACCCCCUCUUCCACAAGGAGGGCUUAAGUCUGACAACUCAGAAUAGUUUUUUAGUUUUGUGUCGAUCGCGCUGUAAUCUUAUAUAUAAUUUAAUUUAAUGACAAAAACAAUGUUUGGCUUUAAGGCAGCUAUAACUGAGGUGUGACAAUGUUCCUGGAGAUUAUAUUUAUUUAUUUGUAUUUUUUAUUACAAAUGUAUAUUUCAUAGGGAAGCUGAAUAAUUUAUCUUAUAUAUUUAAAAUCUAUUCCAUUUUUUAUCAACAUUUUUUAUUUCAAGUUUUAUAUAAUUCACUUAAAACAAAACCAUUAACAACACAUUGGAAUGCCGUACGAAAUACAAUAUUUUAGACGUAAACGUUCUAAUCGAGGAUUUGAUUUUUUUAUAAAUGAAAAUAUACGUUUCUUAACCCGAUGUAUUUUCCACAUAUAUCGUUAUGUUAAUGUUUAAAACCAUUAAACUGUUAACGGUUUUAAACACCUAUCCACAAAUUGCUUGUGUCUGUCACAACUAAAACUAAUCUUGCUUCUAAACUCAUAUUCUCUUGAUCAAUUGUAUUUUUGAUAGGUCACUUUUUAAAAUUCUUAUAGACAGAUCGCACAAAGAUCUACUAAAUCUAUAAUUAAUUAAAUUAUCAUACAUUUAUACAAAUGAUUUGCGUUCUACAUAUCGACGACUAGAAUGCCUUCUUGUGUAAAGUUUAUAGAAGUACAAGUCCCAAAUGAUGCCUGGCUUCAUAUCUAUUGGGAUGAACCACUCAAAAUAGUUAUGAUAGUAAAUAACUCCCUCAUAAUGAUAAAUAAUACGACAAAUACACAUUGAGAACAACAUCGGUUUGUAUCUCACUAUGUGGCCAUACUCUGAUUUAGCUCUUAGGUAUACGCAUGUAGGAUCUUGUGUAGUAUUCAGCCAUCCCUAAAACAAUAUGAUAAUGAAAAAUGAAACAAGUGGUUUUAUUUAUAUUUGUAUUUAUCGAACUGAUAUUCGUUUUAAAGAUAAUAUAAAGAUGAAGAACUGU